AUGGUACCCUGCGGCACCCCACGGCACACUCCCAAGGCGGCGGCAGAGGUCCUCAACAGGCUCUGCGGGCGAGUGUCGCGGAAGAACACCUCCCGCCGGGCUAGCAAGGCGGAGGGAGUGUCUGGCGGGAGAAGCGAGUGCGCGGAGGCAGAGCUCGGGUUGAGGGCGAGGGAGUUUGCCGUGCGACGAAUCUCGCUCCGAGGUGGAUGUUGGAACAAGUGUGAAUAUCCUGAAAUGACAGCACCCUGUUGGCCGUGUGGUGCUGAGCACCAGAGCCUGUGCCACCUUCGCAGGAUUGGCAGCCGCCCUCCAGUCCCUGAUGAUGCAGAUCUGAUCCAUUUCCGUAAGACUGUAACGCUGGUCGGCAGAAACAAGGACACAGUCGACUACUUCCUCAGCUGUGCUCCCACAAGGGGGGGCGAGUACGUAUCCCGCAUCCAUGCCCGGGUGAUUCGAACUGCCAGUGCCUAUGAGCUUGUAGAUUCCAGCCUCACAGGGGUGUUUGUCAAUGACAUCCGGAUCAGCGGUAAAGUAGCCUUGCACGAAGGAGAUACAGUUACUUUUGGCCACCCAACUGCGACGAGCAUUAAUCCUGGGGCCUACAUCCGACAGCCAAACUCGUCAUUUUAUUAUUUGUUUGAGCAAUGUGAUUGCAAUCCUGAUCAAAUGCAAAGCUUUGGUGGGGAGAGGAGAAACAUGCCCCAGAAGUGUUCUGUAUUGGCAUCUCCUGGGGCAUCACUGCCAGUCAACUUGAGUGUGGGAUUUGCAAAGAGUGUCGCUCUGCCUUGGGCGGCACCUGCACUGCCAGUGGACCCACCCCUGCCUGCUUCUGACCACCAGCAUUCCGCCAUCAGCAGUUUGGCUGUGCCCUUCACCUCAGCAGUUUCAACGCUGCCUCUGGUUAAACCUUCCCUACCCAUAAAUUCUCUUAACCUGAUUUCAUGUUUGCCAGAAGUGACCAGUCGGACUCUGCUGAGUGCAUCACCUCUUUCUGCACCAGGGGGUGCCUGUAGGCCUCCCUGUCGGCGUUCCGUUCGGCGUUCCACUUCACCUGACUAUGUAGUUCUUGGGGAGGGUCUGUUUGCCACUGCAGAAUCUUCUCCCCAAACAACCCUUGAAAGAACACACUUUCUCUUGCCUCAAGAAAGUCCAGAACCAAAUGAUUCCAUCACAAUGAGUGGUAGCAAGGAGAGCGUUGCAGAUGAUGCCCACGAUGGAAAAUCAGCUACUGCAACUGGGCUCCCUAAAGAUACGAUGCUGCGGCCCACACGCGUCUCUCAGAUGGAGGAGGGAAGGAACCCUGACUCCGAGCUAUCUGUUCCCAGCACAGAAGAGCUGCUUCCUGGUGGCUCCGACCACAAUGAAGAAAGGAUGGAAGUGAAUGUUUAUGAAAGCGUUGAAGAAGCAGCUAAGCGUGGAGUGCCUGGGGAUGGUGAACGUGAUGCCCGGCUGCAAGUAGCAGAAGACAGAGCAGCUGUGAGUAGAUUGGAAACCAAGAUCCCUGCAGAAGAACGCCAGGGGAGUCUCACGGAGAAGCCUUUACCUGAAGCAUCCAUACUAGAACGAGGAUGGACAGGAAACGCAGGAAACAAUCUCGCUGUAGGAAAUUCGGUAUUGCUCCCUGCUGAAUCGGGAAACUCUCUGCAGGAUUUAGCAAGCAGAGAUUCUGAUAACUUUUCUUGUUCUGGCAAAGAACUAGAUAGCGACUCUUCUUCAAGGCUGGUGAGUCCAGGGAAGUUUGAUUUUGAGAGUGCAAGUACCACUUUGCUGUCAAGGAAUCUGUCUUGUGGGGCCCAGAGCUGUGGUUGUGACCGUGAAAGCAACCUGCAAGGAAGUACUUCUGAUUGUAGUGAUGACAUGGAAAUGGAGCCUUAUAUGAAUGCCAGCUUGUUAGCCGCAGACUGUCGCGUUACUGCUAGAAGCUGUGGCUGUCUUGAGCCAGAGAGGGGGCUUGUGGGUCCAGAGGCUGCAAAUGGCAUUAGCCAUAGUGUCUGCUUUCUAGAACGCUCCUUUGCAGAAGUGGGAACUCAAACUGAGUGUGCAAAAGAAAGAAAGAUGGAAGGAAUAACUGUAGAGUCUGCAAAGGAAGGAGACCCAAAUGGAAGAAGUCUGGAUGUCCUUCAUUACGACAACAAAUUAAGCACACACAAGAUUAGAGAGAGGUUCCUUCAGCCAUUAUCGCAUGCCUCAGUUGUAGGUUUCCCACUUGACAAUGAGCAUUCCAAGGGUGUGUUCGCCAAACAAGUAGUAAAUGAUCCAGUGGCAACCUCUGGAGCAACAGAGGAAAACCUGUCUUCAGGAGAUCUACCAGAAACUCACAAAGAGGAGAGCUCUACCAUGGUUGUGUCGCCUCCAGUCAGUCCCCUGGUGGAAGAGGCGAUUCCUGUCGAAUCUCUUGAAACUCCUGAACAGCCAGUGGAUUUAGGUGGAAAGCUUUUUCAUGGAUUUCUGUCCAAAGGAAACAAGUCUCCUUUUGAAGAAAAGGGGGAGGAGGGCGUCGAUGUUGUGACUGACAGAAAAUUGGGACAUGCAUAUGAGCAAUCUGACAAAGGCCCAGAGAACUGUGCUGCCGAUUCCACACGUGAGGUUGAAGAUGAGACAAGUGGAAAUAAGGGUCCUUCACCUGAAACUACUGCUGCUGGUGCAUUGCAGGCUGAAUUGCCCGGGCAGCCCAAGUCUGUCAGUGGUAGUGAGAUGAAAUGCCAAGAGGAGAUAGAUACUGAUGAUCCUUCUGAGGAAGGGGAACGGGAGGUAGGGAGGAGCAGCACCUGGACAGGUGCUGGCAAGGAUGCGGUUGACCAACAAGAAACCACUGGAAAAGGUGGGCAGGAGGGAGAGUCCAGUCCAGUUGCGAUGCAGGAGAGUGUUAGCUGUGCCAGUGCUGAAGAUGCCUCAACUGGAAGCCUUGAGGUGAACUUGGCACCAUCCUCUUUGGGCUUGGCAGGAAGAAAGGCAAGGGAAAUUCCUUCCUUUGGGUUAUCUGGAGAUGAUCCAGAAGGAGGAGGGCCCUUUCAUUCAGGCUGCUCUUGUGCAGGCACACAGUUUGCUUCUCAGACAAGCAAAGAGGGAGAAGGGAGUAACCUGAGACCAGAAAACUGCCACUUUUUGGCCCACCCAGGUGGCCUUGAGAGUAAAGGGGAUAUGAACCUGAAUGGUAAAAGCACAGUACAGACCAAAGACUGUGAUGUUAGCGCAAGACUUGGGGCAGAGUUUUCCUUGGAUAAGGUGAAGGUGAAUUCUGACCAAAAUGAGCCUCAUGGGAUGUCUGCCACCCACCUGGAUUGCCAGCAACAGUCUCCUGCACUUGUUGGUCAGCAGCAAUCACAGUCUCAUGGAACGGACCCUGAGGAUCCAGGAAAUAACUUGUUGGUGAAGCCCCAAGGAACUACUGUUGGGAAAGAGUCGUUUUAUCCUCAGGAUUCUCCCAUGGAAGGCAGCUGUUGGGAGGAAGCUUGUCAACCAGUUGUAGCUAUUGAGCAUAUAGCCCCAGAAAGAGAUAAAGAAAUUGCCCAUCCUGAGGAGGAUGGGGGUGGGCUUGGUCAAACUCCUCAGAGUUCUCAGUGGAAUGUAGAAAAAGGCAGUCUCUCAUUAGGCACUCCUAGCAUUGACUCAGAAGAGCCUGGUGCUGUCCAAGGAAGAGCUGCUGGAGGCCACCCAGGAGGAACCCAGACUGACCCUGCGGAAGUCCCAGAGUCAUCUAGCAGCGAUGAGCUCAUCUUGCACAUCUCUGACUCUGAAGUUGAAAAGGAGGAGCGUGACAGUGCCCAAGCCGUCCGCAUCUCUAGCGAAGGGAACCUCCAGAGAGGAAGGAGUCCAGUUUUGCAUUUAGACAGUGUUGCAGAGAACAAUCAAGCACACAGGAAACUAGCUAAAGAAUCCACUGUCCAGGGUUCAUGUGAUGCAGCCAUCCAAGAGACCAGUGCUGGGCCAAUGAAGAGCUCGGAGAUGUUGGAUCUAGGUUUGCAACAACAAAAUCCUUCCCAUUAUGAGUCUCAGUGUGACCAAGAUGAUGUUGCAACUAUAGUACCUCAAACCCAUGAUCCAGAGAUGGCAGUGGGUGAAAAAUCACCUCCUUUACCAAUAACUGCAGCAGCGGGAGAAGAACUGGAGGAUCAAGCUGUCGAAGGAACUGUCCUUGUGCCUGUAAAUCUUGCCGGCCUUCCUGUAGAAUCUCUUUGUGUGCCAGAAAGUGAUGCCAAACAUGGCAUAAAGGACAAAGCCCCAGAUAGUGCUGGUGGAUUGGCAGAAAAUACUGGUUUGGACCUUGUCCAAGACAAUUGGCCGAUGGGUGAUAGUUUUCCUGGCCAGCCCAGAGUGGGAAUCGUUGAUGCACCUCUUGAAGUUGGAGACACAAUCACAGAGCAUCCAGGAAGUGAAACGCCAGCCAGGCCCUCUCCAGAAAAAGUUGUGCCUUCCCUGAAGGCAGGCGUGAAAGUGCCAUUCCUCCUGCAAGAAGGAAUUGAAGCACUGCAGGGCCGACGUGAAGGCGGUCCCGACUCUUCUGCAGCGCUUAGUGAGGGGUUGGAUUGCUCAGAGAAUCACAGGACUCCGUUGCCAAAGGAAGAAGAGUUAAAAAGCUGUUCCUCCAGAAAAAGACAUUUCAGCAGAGAUGAGGUUGUAAGGAUGACUGGCUCAGAAGAUUAUUCUUCCUGUCAAAAGAGGCUCUGCCUACUGAAUUCGGCUGCAGUUCAGGGGUCGACAUCUGACCUACGCACUUUGACCAUGGCACUGCCUUCUUCUGUUAACAUAGAAGGGCAUCACAACCACUUUGGCAGAACUGUGGGGAAACCUUAUAACCAGCAAGGCAGCCAGGUAACUUUGCACCUUGACAGAGCAGAACAGAGCAAUAGAGAGACCAUUGCCCAGAUUGUGAGAGAGUACUUUAAAAAUACGCUUUGCUCUGAAAAACCAGCAACUGAAAACGAAAAAGCUGAAAUGUUUGCUCGGCCCCCUGAAGCUGAAACUGCUGAAGACGUGGAUUGUGAACUGGCAGGGAUGUUAGAGUCUGAGGACGGUGCAAGCUGUGAUGAACCCAGUGCACCUGAGGAUCAAGCCAACGAAGUCCAGUUUCAGAAUUCCCCCCUUGACGACCAGUGUCCGGCUGCUGGUGCUCUGUCUAGUCGGUCAAGCUCCCCCGCUCGAGAACAAGACAAAGACUUGGCAAGCCACAUUGCAGAAAGCAUGUGGGAAACCUAUUCCUCCGAAGAGGAGAGCUUCCAGUUGUCUCUGUGUUCAGCAUUAAAAAGUUCUCCACUUAGCUCUCCCAUUGAGCCCCCUGAUGCAGAGUGUGUGCAGGCACCCAGUGAGAAGAACUUGAACUUUUUCUUCUCGGACAUCUCCAAUAGUUCAGCAGAGACUCACACCUGUGAAUGCUCCCCCAAACCGCAUGGCAGGAACUCUCCUGGAACAGGAAGUGAUAGACCCACCAAAGGGGUUUCUGACGGGGCUGACAAAGCUGCUGAGGCAAACAUGGAAUCGCAGUUUUCCUGCGGCUCAGAAACUUCUGAUGAAGAUCCAAGGACGCCAUCCAGCCCACUUGUGUUGCCUAGGGAGAGCAGCCCUGCCCCUAUAAGCGACACAUGGUCUGAGCCUGAAUCUCACGUCAGCGUCGCUAGUGGUGGAUGUGAUACCUCUGGCCUGCAGCAAGCGGAUGAUUCGUUUGACAGGGAUGAGGGCAACGAGGCUUCCAGCGCAGAGGAGUCUGAAUGUGCUGUUCCCCGGAUGAAUUCCACAACUGGUGAAAAGGAAGAGGAUGAUGAGGACAGCACCUUUCUCCAGAGAAGCUGCAGGAAUGUUCCUUGCCAAGAUAUGGAAUGUGACCCUGCCAUUGACAACCCUUCUGCCUUAUCGUCUCUGGCGGAGUGCAGUGCAGCAUCUGAUGCAAGGAAAGACGUGGAACAUACUCACGUGCCACUGAAAAGGGAUCCACCUUAUGAAGAGCAUAACUGCCAAAAUGAUGACAGCAGAAUUGGGUCUCCCUCUUCCUCGGUUGUCGCUUCUGAGCCGGCAAGCUGUCCCAGCAUGGGCGACAUAAAGAGUGAAGGUUCUCUGUUGCCAGGCUCUUCGGCCCUUUCCCCAACUCAAGCCAGCAGCCAAGCUGAGCAUCCUUUGUUGCUGAGUGGAUCCUAUUUGCCCCUCUCCUCCUCUGAGGCUAGUGAUUCUGCUGGCAUGGCUGAUAGCACUGAGGAAGAUCUGGACAAGGACCUGUGCAGAAACAGCGGUGUGGUGGCAUGGGCAGGGCAAAUGGACUCCAGCAAUGCUUUUCAAGGAGCUCAAGGGGACACAGAGAGCUCCAGCACCUUGCCGGCCACUGGCUUGUUUGGUAACCAGAUGCUUGCUUGCAGCCCCUCCCAGCUGAAAGAUGGUGUGUCUGCUCCGGGUUGCCUGACAGAUGCACCGUCCGUUUCUUGGGUCUUGAAAGAAGAAAAGGAUCUGUGUGAUGCUGGAGAAAAUCAGGACAGCCCCAGCCGUUACACAGCAUAUCCCACGGCUCAUUCUCCAGUCUUCAGAGUCAUGCAUAAGCUGUGCGUACCCAGAGCCUCAGCCAAUGGGCAGCCAGAGAGUUUUGCAAGACCUGUGGACUGUCAAAAUAGAGACCAAUUGCUCCUUCAUCGGUUAAAAGACGCUGAGGUGACUGGGCAGUUGGAUACAGAGCGUGUUUGCUCUGAUGAUGAAUAUGAGCCCUGCCUUCCUUCUCUGGGCUUUGCAGGAGGAGAUGCCUCUGUGUCGAGAGAGAGUCCCAGUGCUUCUGGUACUCAGUCGCGGACCAAUCACUGGCCUGACACUGCUGGCACAAAGAGUGAUGUCCCAACAGACUGGGCAUGCUCGGAGCAAGACAUUGCCUUUCAGUUGCAGGAGUGCCAGAGUGUGCUCAGAGAGAUCUUGGGAUCCCUGGAAUCCCUGGAAGGGAUUGACAAUGUGCACGUGGAGAAGUGGAGAGAGCAGAUUGCCGGUCUCCAGAAGGCCACCAAAAUGCCCCAAACCUACAUUGCGGUGGUGGGGAACACAGGGGCAGGGAAGAGUUGCUUGCUGAAUGCCCUGCUGGAUGAGGAGGCGGUGCUGCCCACCUCGGCCAUGAGAGCCUGCACGGCUGUGGUGGUGGGGAUCUCCAGGGCUGCGGGGGGCAGCCCCUACGAAGCGGAGGUGGAAUUUCUCUCCCACGAAGAGUGGUAUAAAGAGCUAAAAGCUCUCCUUGAAGACAUGAAGGACAAAUCUGGUAACUUGAAAAAGCGUUGUCCAGAUCGCAAGACGGAAGCUGGGGCUGCCUACAGCCGGGUGAAAGCCGUCUACGGGAGAGUAGAUGAGCUAGGGAAGCUGGAAGACAUGCAGGAGGUGACCCAGCACCUCGGGACUGUGAAGCACAUCUGUGCUGAGACGGCAACAGAUUUCCGCACAAACAUUGAGAAAUUCAUUGAUUCUCAAACUGACAGUUUGCGGGAGAUGAAAGGUGGAGAGUUUUGGCCCAUUGUGAAAUGUGUGAGGAUCCGUGUUGCUAAAGCUGAGGUUCUGAAGACUGGAGCUGUGCUGGUGGAUUUGCCUGGAAUCCGAGACUCCAAUGCAGCCAGGGAUGGCGCAGCCAAAGAGUACCUAAAGAACUGCAAUGCCGUCUGGGUGGUUGCCAGCAUCACCCGGGCAGUGGACGAUAAGACCGCCAAGGAGAUGCUGAGUGCAAACUUGCGUAGGCAGCUGCUCAUGGACGGCCAGUAUGGGAGCCUGGCUUUCGUCUGUACCAAGACGGAUAGCUUUAACAUUACAGAUAUAGUCAGGGACCUGAAACUAAGAGGCGAGAUUCAGUCCAUAGAAGAUGAAGUGGCAGAGCUGGAAAAGCAGGAAAUGCAAGCCAAAAGGGACAAGAAUAGCCUUUAUGAGCAUUUGCAACAAGAGCAGCAGCAGCAGCAGAGGCGGCAAGGGUGCGAUGCCACAGACCCCAGCUGGCUCCAGAGACAGCACGACCUUCUGGAGAAGGCGUUCAGAAUUAAUGACCUGCAGAGACAGAAGGAUGCAAAGCUGCGUGCCAUUAGCCUGAUCUGCGUUCAGGCCCGGAAUAAGUUUUCCAAGCAGCAGAUUUUGUUGGAUUUCAGCGCUGGCCUGGAGGAAAUGACAAAGAAAACAGUGUAUUCUGAAUGUGAGGAGGAUGGUGAUGAAGACAUGGGGGAUGGAGAUUCUACCAGAUCAGACUCUGGGGACACGAGAGAAGCUGAAUCCCUGUAUGGAAAACUUCAGGUUUUCACUGUCAGUUCUACAGAAUAUCUCAAACUUUGUGGGAAGCUGAUCAGAGACGGCCAACCUCAAGUCUUUCAUGACACCAAGGACACAGAAAUACCAGCUUUGAAGAAGUUUGCCAUCAACACAGCCUUGAAGCACAGCAUGGUAGCAACAGAAAAGGUCAUCAGAGACUUGGCUCGUGUUCUGAGCCAAAUGGUGAAUUAUCUGACCAGCCAGAGAGCAGAGGACAACUCUCAUGAAGCCCACCUCCAGGAAACUGUGCGGCAGUCCUUGCAGGACCUUCCCAGUCUCCUCCAGGAAGCCAUAGACAACAGCCUCCAUGACAUCCAGCACUACUUUGAAGUCCUUAUCAUUGCCAGCCUAACGAAGGGCACAAAUAAGGCCAAGGAACUGUGCGAGGACAUAGUCAAAAGUUGGGGAUCUCCUGUCUCUGGCUACCCGCAUUCCACGUACCGCGCGGUGUGCAACCGCCAUGGUCUCUACACCUCUCCAAAGUACGAGUGUGUGGAUUUCAACAGCCGUCUGGCAGAACCCAUCUACAAGGCCAUCUCUGUGACCUGGAGCGAGGUCUUCAGCUCUCAGUUGACAGACUCCAUUCAGCAUUUCACUAAAGCUGUCUUGGAUAAGCUGAAGUGCUUCUUCAAACACCUCAAGAAGGAACUGCACAAGCAAAGCAGAAUUACAGAUGCAAUACAUGUGAUUUAUCGCCAGCAGAUGCAAGCAGCUCGGGCAAGGUUACUCAACUUUACUCUGGAUCUGACGGGCUACAUCACCAGAAGGCAGCGGAUGAUCUCCCGCGUCCUAACGCCAGAGAUACAGGCUCGCAUGGAACCAGCAUAUGCAGCUUGCACCCAAAUGUCCGGGCCCGGCUACUUCCAGAGAAUGAAAGACUGGAUGGAGCACUAUAUCCAGAAGGAGAAGGGCAGCGUCUUUGAUUCUGCCUCGAAGAAGCUUCAGGAGCAACUUCAGCUGCUCCAGGAAGACAUCCGAGGGAGUUUUCAGGACUUGGCCCAGGAGCUCCAGAAAUCCCUGAAAAUGCAGCUUGAGCCAGUGCUGAAGCCUGUCCAGAAGAAUGCAAAGACGAUUCCAGAAUUAAUGAACAUCUGCGCCAAAGUUGACAAGCUUUGUAAGCGCUCGUGUGUUGAUUACAUCCUUCCCAGCCCCACACAAGGCAAAGACAGUUUCCCCAAAAUGGGAAGGGAACUUCAGGAGAGUCAGGAUCCUCCAAGCUUUUUGGCAACAUGCAUGGACAUCCGAAUUGGAGCAGUCUCUCUUCCCCACAUUGCAGCCCUCCAGGUAUCUGAGCAGGACAUCACUUUGACUCUGGCAGAUGACACCGCUGUGCCCCUCCCACUGAGGAGCAUUUCCCAUUGUGAGUGUUGCCUGCCUCUGGCCUGUUUGAUUCUCCAUGUUUCUGCUGAAGCUACCAAGGAAAUUUGCUCCCAAUGCAGAGUCCGGACAUCUAGCUCAGCUCUGGGCCACCAAGGACCGCUGGUUCUGCUGGAUAAGGCCCAGGAUCAGAAGCUGUUUACAAGAUUGGUGGAAUGCAUAUCAUCGAGUCGCAGAGAUGCCGCUUGGUUCCAAGAGCUCAGCCUGCAACAAGGGAGGGAGAAGCUGGAAUCUCUGGGAGUAUACUAUACAGUCCAACAGUCAAAGUAUGCUGCGGAAGGCCUCCUGGAGGUCCGGCCAGCCGCUUCUGCUCCUCUUCCUUCUCCUCAACCCCCUGAGGCCCUCGCUGUGACGCAGAGGCCCCUCCACGGCCCCGAGGGCAAGAGGAGGGGAGGGGAGGCGGUCCAGCUACAGCUGGAGAAGAGGCACAAAGGCCAGGCCAUGUCAUCUGGGGCAGGAGGUGACCCUGCUGAGCGCUUCCGACUGAGGUACGCUGCUGUAGCUCAGCUGUGGCAUGAAGAAUACCGAGCAACCGAGACAGCCGCUGCAGAACCUCUUCCUCCUCCUCCUCCGAAAGGAGAAGGCCCCGCCCAGGGCGCUUGCCAUAAGUUGCUCCCCUGCCCUUGGCCUAGGAAUUGGUGCUGUGCUGAGCCGGAGGAGUUUGAGGGGGCAGAGCUGGGGGUGGAGGGGGGGCGUACCUGGUGGUACUUGCUCUACCCCAAUUUGUCUUUCUCCAGCUGCAGCGGGACCGCAGAAGCCAAGCUGGUGUCCUCUGCUCAGGGCCCCGUGUCCUGUCCGCUGCCCCCGACCAGCCGAGGGUCUGCCCUGGAGGACUGCAAGCAGGAGGGAUGCUUGCUUCUGGGAACAGUGCCUCAGCCCCACAUGGCCGUGAAGCUUGAUAGUGAGAAGUUUGCUAUUCCCGGUUCAGCAGGUGCCCUCCAUGUCCAAGCAAAAGAAGGCAUUUGGCGGAUGUGUUUAAAUCUAAACAGUGAGGAACAGGAAGAGGAGGAUGGCAGCGUGAAGGUUGAGAAGAUGGAGCUUGGCACUCACCCCGCUGAUUGCACCUGGAAGACCCACUGAGAUCGCUUGGCUUAAGGAUGCACCCCCCCAUUUCUGGACUAGAACUUUCAGGACUCUGUAUUUGGGGUCCUGUGGAAACAGGUCCAGCAGCCGUUUUGCUCUUUCUUUGAACUGCCUGUGCUGAAAGUCACCUUUAACAUCUUGUGCCUGCAAAAGCUCAUUUCCUUCGCCCCUCUGUGUCUGUGUGUCUGCCUCUUGGCUCUUGCCCUGCGUUUGACACCAGGCAGCUGAGAGCUCCUUGGGCAAAACAGAGACAGGCACAAAGUGAGGGUGCCGUAGGGGGUGGCACAGUCUGCAAGUUCAUGGCUGUUAGGCUGACCCAGAUAGUUGGACUGCGGUAGAAAGACACACACACCCCGGUUGCUAAUGCAGAUACUGUGAGAUAUAUCCAAGUCCCUCCUUGUUCUAUUUAGAACGUUUGAGGCUUCUUUUGAGGAGAAAGGAGGAAGGACAGGCUGUCCUCAUUGCCCUGCCUACAUACAGAAUAAUGGAACAUGAGUAAAUGUUGGCAUUGGGAGUCGAGCCAAAGUGGAGUUGUGACUGAGGCACUGUUUGUGAUCAUGUGACCAAGUUGGCUGCUCAAAGCCGGGUGGCUGUUCUGCCUCGAAAUACAUCGCUGGCCGGCCCGGGGAUGGUUAGACCAGUGGCCAUGGCUGCCCUGCAGCUGUCUCGAGUGCGAGAGCUGAAGCAGAAGAGCAGUCUUCCUUUGUCCUUAAUUACCCUUUCCUGAUGGUGGAUGGUUUUGCUGCUGAGCUUUUUCCAAACUGGAAGGGAGCGCCAGUCCUCUUGUGAAGUCUCUGUAUCCCUCCAGUGACAGCUGCAAAAGCUCCUCCCCCCACCCAUUUUGCAUCUCCUAGGUAUGUUUUUGGGUUUAGCCUCAUGGAACUGAGGUGGCCCGUAUGGGAAAGAGCCGCGUAUGUGCCAUUGCAUAGUUUUUACAGCCAUCAUGUUUUUUGGCUCUGUUGAAACAGAAGGCCUGUUCUGAAUGGGAGAUCUUCAGUGAAGACAGUUCCCCACUUUGGCUUCUCUUUCUGCUCUUCCUCUCAGCUUUGCCCCAGAGACCUUUCAAGGUGUCCGGCUGGGCAGGAUUUCUUCCUUUGCAAGGCUGCGUGCCUUGACUCUGAUGCAGAGCGUAGAGCAUGUCAGCAACUGCACAUCUCUAUCCUCAGAAGUGCUCCUUCACGUGUGGCAAUCGGCUUCCUCCCUUAGUGGUAUGUACAGUACCCACAUGGCGAUAUUUCUGGGAUCCUGCACUUUUGACUGUACUUUCUUGUGUUCAUAAAAACAAAGUUUUGUAUGACUUAUAAGAAUUCUCAAGCUACUGCACUGUGAGAUUCCUGCCCUCUCGAGCUUCAGCAACUGGACGCACCAGCGGGAGGGGAGGCUGCCUCUUGAGUUGCUUUUCUUUAUUGGCAUUUGGCUGCUGAUUAAAAUUUGCAUCCUGCCUGCGUGCAUGGCUGUAACCGAGUCAAAUGUGUUAAGACAAUUAAGUGACGAAUAAAGUGUGUUUA